AUGCUUCGGUUGGAUCAAUUCGAUCGGAUUAAGAAAAUGCAGAAUCCAACAGCUUUCUUCAGUGAAAGGAAAAACCAGAACCUUUGCAUCGCUCCGAAACCUUGUGUCGGACCUUACAAACCAAAAAUGCCGCAUGUCAGCUAUGCUGCCCCGACUCAACAGCGAUUCCAACCGAAUACGUGCUUUAUGCCCGCUUCAGCCAUCCGCAUGAUGAGUAAUAAUUACACUGUAAUACGAGUAUAA